AUGCAACAACGUUGGGAUUUUAUCAAUAAAUGGGUUUCAAAAUGGGUUAUGGCGUAUGGCUAUAUCCUACGACACCCGAAAAGUGGAAACUCGGGUGGGGACGCUGUCCAACAUGCCCAUGAGUAUUAUGCAAAACUCAAUCAUGGAAAACAGUUUACUUUGAUUCAUUGUUUUGAAAUAAUGCAAAUUUUUCCUAAAUGGGACCCACAUAUGGUCCAACAGCUUCCUUUGGAGAGCGAGGGAAGUGGGAAACAAUCCGAACCAAAAUCACCAAGUGUGGGUGCUAGAAGAAAGCGGCCUCUGGGUAUAAAAAAAUCAAAGAGUUUAGCUGCAGAAGGUAGUAAUUCUUCUAGAUCGAUAAACCUUGAAGCUUUCAAUACAACUCUUGAUGAAUGUAGUCAUAAGAGGCUUGAUCAAGGAGAACGAAUGAUCGACUUGAUAAGCAAAAGGAGCGAAGAUAGGAAAAAGAAAAAGGAGGAGGAGAUGAAAUUCGGCAUGUUAUGUUCAUUGAUGGCAAAACCCGUCCUCGAUGAAUUUGAAGCCGACAUGCACAAGAAGCUUAGAGAGGAGUUUAGUAACAGCGACCAACCAUUGUAUGGUGAUGAUAAGUUUCGACAAAGGUUUCGCAUGCGAAAACCUCUAUUUAUGAAGAUAGUGAAUCAACUAAGUGAAACUGAUCGAUUUUUCAAGCAACAUCCAGAUUUUAGUAUGCGUUUGGGUGCUUCUGCAAUACAAAAGUGCACAGCGGCUAUAAGGAUGUUAGCAUAUGGCUGCGCAGCUGAUCAAGUUGACGAGUACCUCAAUCUUGGGGCAACUACGGCUAGGCAUUGUAUCACGCACUUAGUUGAAGGAGUGAUUCGCGAAUUCUCAGUAGAGUACUUGAGAAAACCAACCCCUGAAGAUAUGAAUCGCCUUCUAAGAGAAGGAGAGGAAAGAGGUUUUCCUAGUAUGUUGGGAAGUAUCGACUGCAUGCAUUGGGAGUGA